CUUAGUAUACGUAUUUUUAAGGGAAACUAUGCAUCCAUCCACAGCAGUGGGUUCCGUGACUUCCUGUUAAAGCCGGAACUCCUACGUGCUAUAAUUGACUGCGGAUUCGAACAUCCUUCUGAAGUUCAACAUGAGUGCAUUCCACAAGCCAUCCUGGGAAUGGACAUUGUCUGCCAAGCUAAAUCUGGCAUGGGUAAAACUGCUGUCUUCGUUCUUGCUACGCUCCAACAGCUGGAACCUGUUGAUGGAGAGGAGAAGAAGAACACAAACGUUUUACAGGUUUCCGUACUCGUCAUGUGCCAUACUCGAGAAUUGGCAUUCCAAAUUUCGAAAGAGUACGAACGCUUCAGCAAGUAUCUAUCUGCUAUCAAGGUCGCCGUCUUCUUUGGUGGCAUGCCCAUCAAGAAAGACGAGGAGUUGUUGCGCACGAAUUGUCCUCACAUUGUCGUGGGUACUCCUGGCCGCACCCUUGCUCUAGCCAGAUCUGGGAAACUGAAGCUUGACAAGAUCAAGUACUUCGUUUUGGAUGAAUGCGAUAAGAUGAUCGGAGAUGCUGGUACGUUGCAUUGUCCUUCAAAUCAUAAUAUAUCUUACACAACCUGA